CACACACACACACCCAUCGUCCCUGCGGCUCCACACGGACACACACACUAACGGGACACAACACACCCAGGGACCGAGGGACCGAUCCAGAUGUUUUCACACCGAGGACCACGGGGGACGGAUCCAGAUGUUUGUUUUUACGCGGCGUCGCUUUAACUGAAAACACGGGACUUUUGGUUUUACGCACGGACCUCCCUGCAGGUUUCCUGGGAUGUCUGGAACCUGUUGAAGUGGAUUUCCUCCAAAACACGCACGGACCUAAACACACACACACACGCACACGCCUGGACUGUAAACACACGCCGCGGUUUCCAGGGAGACUUAACACAACUUUGCGUGUGAGGGAAUAUUCCGCAUCCGGAGCGUCGCGGUGCGCACAGCCACUCCAUGCCCGGGACGAUGGGGUCUCUCCCCGGUCUUUCCCACCUCCUCCACCUCCUGCACCUCCUCCUGCUGCUCUCCGCCCCGCUCGGCGUGGUGCGGGCGUUCGGCGACGAGGUGGAGGAGAUGACCUGCGACCCGAUCCGCAUCAGCAUGUGCCAGGGGCUCGGCUACAACGUCACCAAGAUGCCCAACCUGGUGGGCAACGUGCUGCAGUCGGACGCCGAGCUGCAGCUGACCACGUUCACCCCGCUCAUCCAGUACGGCUGCUCCAGCCAGCUCAAGUUCUUCCUUUGCUCAGUCUAUGUGCCAAUGUGCACAGACAAGGUGCCCAUCCCCAUUGGUCCGUGUGGUAGCAUGUGUCUGUCUGUCAAGAGGAAAUGUCUCCCAGUGCUCCACGAGUUUGGCUUCAUAUGGCCCGAGGUGCUCAACUGCAGCCUCUUCCCACCUCAAAACGACCACAACCACAUGUGUAUGGAGGGCCCGGGUGACGAGGACUCCCCCUACCCGCCGGUGCGUCUCCCUCCCCACCAGGAGGAGUGCCAGGCGCUGGGAACCGCGCCGGACCAGUACACCUGGCUGAAACAGACGGAGAGCUGUGCCCUCCAGUGCGGCUACGACAGCGGCCUCUACCGACGGAGCGCUAAAGUCUUCACGGACGCGUGGAUGGCGGUGUGGGCCGUGCUGUGCUUCCUCUCCACCACCCUGACGGUCCUGACCUUCCUGUUGGAUUCACAGCGUUUCUCCUACCCCGAGCGGCCCAUCAUCUUCCUGUCCAUGUGCUGUAAUCUGUACAGUGUUGCAUAUUUGGUACGUUUAAUUCUGGGGAGGGAACGUGUUUCCUGUGACCUGGACACCACAGCAAUGCCCAUUCUAGUACAGGAAGGGUUAAAGAGCACCGGCUGUGCUAUUGUCUUCCUCCUCCUCUAUUUCUUCGGCAUGGCCUCCUCACUCUGGUGGGUGAUCCUGACGCUCACCUGGUUCUUGGCUGCUGGACUGAAGUGGGGCCACGAGGCUAUUGAGAUGCACAGCUCCUACUUCCACAUAGCAGCGUGGGCCAUCCCAGCCGUCAAAACCAUCGUCAUCCUCAUAAUGAGACUGGUGGAUGCAGACGACCUGACCGGACUCUGCUAUGUCGGCAACCAGCAGCAGGAGGCGCUCACAGGCUUCGUGGUGGCUCCCCUGGCCUCGUACCUUCUCAUAGGUACUCUGUUUAUCUGUGCCGGCCUGGUGGCUCUCUUCAAGAUCCGCUCCAACCUGCAGAAGGACGGCGCCAAAACAGACAAGCUGGAGCGCUUGAUGGUGAAGAUCGGAGUGUUUUCUGUUCUCUACACGGUCCCAGCGUCCACCGUCAUUGGCUGCUACCUCUACCAGCUGUCUCACUGGGAGGACUUCAGGGCCAACCCCAGGGAUUCAUAUGUGGCGUCAGAGAUGCUGCGAAUCUUCAUGUCGCUGCUCGUAGGAAUCACGUCGGGCAUGUGGAUCUGGUCGGCAAAGACCAUCCACACCUGGCAACGCUGCACCACCCGCCUGCUCCGGGACAGCAGGGCAAGCCGAGCGGGCAAGCGGGCGCCGGGGGAGGGCUGGAUCAAACCGGGGAAAGGGAAUGAGACGGUGGUGUGAGGGGACAGAAGGAGAGAACGGACAGGGAUCGUCAACCUGCUGCUCUCCCACUGACAAAAACUCUCUCUGUCUGUCCUGAUGAAGGAUGGAGCGGUCAGAGAAUCGAGAGAGCCACUGGAUGUUAUGGCAUCAGGAAAAAGAGAUCGCCAAGAGUCCGUAAGCACGUCUCAGCCCCUUCUAACUCCCUCUGGAGUCUAGAAGGAUUAAAGAGGAGGACGGCUACACACAUAAGUAGCAGCAGUAGCCUCUCUACCUCUGUUAGGCUUCAUUUGGCCACAGGGAUGGUGAAAAGCAAAAAAAAACAGCGGAAGGAGAAAGAGAGACGGAAAAGGCAGAAGAAUAUGCAAAACAGACUCAUGGACAAGCUGUGUGGCCCCACGUCUACCUCUGUCUCUCUUUCUUCCAGGGCUGUCAGCAGAAGAGACUGAACCUGCUGGAAACAGUACACCCUUGUGUCACUGUGUGUUUUUAGGGUCUGCAAUGUUUGAAAUUUUACACUGGAGGGUCCUGGUGCAGAUAUUAUACAGAUGGAGGCGGAUGUUUGCCUCGAAAGCCCCUUCCACGAUGCAAAGAUUACAAAGGACAAUUAAAGACCAGACCAAAAGCCAAGCAAAUCUGUACAUUGGAACAAUAUUCUACAGGUCUGCAAUUUAUACCUUUUUGUACAAUACAAAAUCACAGGUGUUAUUGCUCAGAGGAUUUUUGGGAAACCAGCUCUAAGCUGUAAUAAUGCACUAUAAUUAUCUACAAUAUGUGAAGUGUCUCAAGUGCAUUACCCGGGACAAAUAACAGAUCAUCAUAAAGUGUAUUAAAAUGCACAGAGCCAUUAACAGGGGAAAAAUCUGUUUAUUAUUGAUGACACAAAAAAUUAUGUGGUUUAUUGUUCCAACGUGUACAAAAUUAUUCAUUUAUCACUUUUCUUACAAAUACUAUGAAGGCAAAGGCAGUUUUCUUUUUUCUGUCUGUACAUUUAAGGUAAAAUCUGUGCUAGAUAUGAAGUCGUUCUGCAAUGAAUCCUGGGAGGACCCCAGCUGUGCCUUUUUUAUAUAGACCCAUAAAUGUGGAAGCGGCGAGGCGUCUGGGAGAUGUAGGCCUGUGCGACCUCAGCACUCGGAGAAGCUCAGCUAACUUCCAGUGAUGUGUGUCUGUGUG